GUACCGUUGGUUGAUUAAAAUAGAGGUUCGUCUCGCGAGGAACCGGUUGCGUCUUCCUGUAGUAAGGAGCGAGCCGGCUGUUUGGAAUUUCACCGUGGCCGCUCGCAGUCUUCCGUGAACUGUGGCACAGUGACGUCCGCGCGCCGGCAGCUCGCUCUAUUUCCCUGCGCCGUCUUGUCCUUAGAAAACAGCCUCAGAAAAAUGGUCUGCGCUUGUGCCCUGACGAUCUUGCUCAUCCUCUACAUACUGUUCGACGUCAACUACUUCCUCAGAUGUGCGUUCACGGUCCUCAGCGGUCGACUGCUCCGGAAAAAGAACAACAGCAUCUUCGACGUCACUACUACUUAUGGAAUAUGCAGCACUCAAGACGUCGAUCUCGUCCUGAAGCACAUGAACAACGCGCGUUACCUUCGUGAAUUAGACUUCGCGCGGUUCUAUUUCUGGGAUUCCGUUGGACUUUAUGGAGAAAUUAGCAAAAGAGGCGGGGGCGUGGUGCAAGGUGCGAUGUCGACCCGAUACAGGCGAGCCAUUCCUCUUCUAACGCCUUACAAGAUCACCACGAAGAUGAUUUAUUGGGACGAAAAGAAUCUGUACUUGGAGCACCAAUUCAUCAGUUUGACCGACGGUUUCAUCAGGGCAGUCGGUCUCAGCAAACAGACGACCUUUGGCCUCAAGGUCCCUCUGGGUGACGUUAUCAAGGAGCUGGAGCCGGAAGCUAAGUUGCCAGAGGUCACGAAAGAGCUGCAAUUGUGGAUGGAUUCCAUGGAGCAGUCCUCCCAGAAGUUGAAGAAACGUGACUGAAAAUGAUCUAGGAACUUUGUUAGUUCCCAGGAUAAUUCGGUGUAUUUAUAUUUCUAUUAAAAAGUAUUUGAUUCGAUGA